CGAACCACGGAUUGAAACGUACCCAGUACCAUAGUUUUAUUUACCGCGUAGUUUCUUUCAACACUUCCGUGAAUAAUAAUAAUUGUAGAAAUAUGGCAAGUCUGAGAUCUGGCAGCGGGGUACAGGUAGUUACUCCUAGAGAAGACCACACAUUUUUGUUGGAUGAAGAAGCCCUACAAAACCUGCUGCUGCGAGCUGAUGUGAAGGACCGGCCGGUGGUGCUGCUGUCCGUGGCCGGAGCAUACAGGAAGGGGAAGUCAUUCCUCCUUGACUUUUUCUUGCGAUACUUGGAUCACACGUAUAACAAUGGUGACGGUGGUGGCGAGUGGUUGGGGACUGAGAACGAGUCGCUAAAGGGGUUCUCAUGGCGCGGUGGCUCUGAUCGACACACCACCGGCAUCCACCUCUGGUCACAACCCUUCAAGGCUGUCACUGCCAGUGGGGAAAAGGUAGUGAUCCUUCUGAUGGACACACAAGGCACCUUCGACAGUAACUCCACGGUGAAGGACAAUGCCACGGUAUUUGCACUGUCCACCAUGCUGUCCUCGGUCCUCAUAUACAACCUCUCGCAGAAUAUCGAAGAAGAUGACUUGCAGCAUUUACAGUUAUUCAUGGAGUACGGGCGCGUAGCGCUUGAUGAGACGGGAGGCAAACCGUUCCAGCGACUUCAGUUCCUCGUGAGGGACUGGUCCUUCGCCUACGACCAUCCAUACGGAUCCGUCGGGGGAGAACAGCUGCUCAAGAAACGCCUUCUGGUCCGUGAAACCCAACACGAAGAGUUACAGAAGGUGCGUCAAGACAUCGCGCGCUGCUUCGAGGAAGUCACCUGCUUCCUGCUGCCGCAUCCAGGACUCAAAGUAUCCACUGACCCUGAAUUUACCGGCAAACUAUCUGACAUUGACCCUGAAUUCAAGUCGUGCUUGAAGAAGCUGGUGCCCAUGUUACUGGCGCCCGAGAACUUGGUGCCGAAACAGAUCGGAGGACAGAAGGUGAAGGCGCGAGACCUGCUCAACUACUUCAAGAGUUACGUCGACGUGUUCAAUAGCGAGGAACUGCCAAACCCCAUGACCAUACUGCAGGCGACCGCAGAAGCAAACAACACGUCAGCAUCAUCGGAAGCGCGCAACGUGUAUGAGACGUUGAUGGAGGAGAUCUGCGGCGGCACGAAGCCCUACAUGCCGCAGAACGUGCUGGAGCAGGAGCACCACAAGUGUCUCAACAAGGCGCUGCACUCCUUCGACAGCAAGAAGAAGAUGGGAGGCGAGGAGAUGGCCACCAAGUUUAAACAAUUACUCGUCAAGGAUCUGGAAGACCUAUUCGACCAGUUGAAGGCGCACAACGAGAGUAAGAACGUGUACCGCAUGUUCAGCACGCCCGCGGUGUUCGCUGCGCUGUUCCUCUGCGGGUACCUGCUCAGCGUGCUCGGGAACACCUUCGGAGUGCAGACCCUGGUCGCUGUGGGACAAGCUGUCACCCUGGGUGCCGCUGUCAUGCUCGGAGUUUGGAUCUAUACAAGGAUGACGGGCAACUUACGAGAGGUGGGGAUGCAACUGGAUGACAUAGCAAACAAAAUACGAUCCUUUGUGGUGACGCAAGCUGAACCAGCGCUCAAGGAGUCAUAACAACGGGUCUUCAGCAAGAAGCAAGGGUGAUUUAACAUAAGUGUCAUUUAAGACUGGUCAAUUUAGUGAAGGCAUCAAACAAUAAUAGUCUGUUGUGUCUUUGGAAUAAAGAAUAAAGUUCGUCAACUUGCCUCCUCACAUCAAGAACAUGGAGAGAUCUCAAGAAUGCGGUUUCCGUUGUCCUCUCGUACUGUUGGUGCCAUAGCUAAAUGUAUGCCAGUGGCUAGUACUUAGGUUAACAUAAGACAGCUUGUAUUUUUAAUUAUUCUUUUUCUUCUGCAAAUUAUUGAUAGCCUAUAAUUUACCUAAUGAUAAAGAG